AUGGAUCAGUUAGGAAUCGAGAAAAGAUUAACCCUAAGCUAUGUACUCUGUAUAGUUAUGGGGGGUACAGCUAGCAUAACUACAGGCAUAGCUUGGGGCCACUGGUACAAGACAUUGGACCAAUGCGUAGGAAGAAAUUGCAGCUGCAUUUUGUAUGGCAGAAAUACACUUUCGCACUUUUUGGGUGGUGACCAAGCCCCGUGUAUCUGGGUAACAUUCGGACCAUUACUUUAUGUAUUCUUCUGCCUGUGCCUCACUUCCUUUCAUGGCUACAGAGUUUUAUUUACUACAAAAUCCCCUAGAAUGAGGGCAACAAGAACUGUUGUAGCAAAAAUGGAGCAUGGUUCUUCUGUUCACAUAAAAACAAUUUCCCAAGAAGACACCAGCCCUUUAGCCAAAGCAUUUUGGAUAACAACUUCAGUUUUAAGUUCAUUAUUCUUUGCUUACGGUCUUAUACAUUUUGCUAUAUUUCUGGAUGGUUACUACACCACUUGCAAUCAAUACAGGAGGGUCUUGGAAAAAUUUUUGGGCAUUCACGGUAGUGCUUUACCAGUUAUACACAAAAGGCUCUAUUGCCAAUCGAUAUUUGAUUUCAUGGACUAUAUGCAUAUGGAUGGGGAGAACCAUAUGAGGAAUGGAUUUAUUAAUACUGGGUUAUCUUUAACAAUUGGUAUAGCUUGUUCGUUUUUCGCCUGGAGUUCACUUUUGGUUGCCAGUAUUUUGAAUGUGAAAAUGGCAACGAGAAAAGAAGAUUAUGAAUAA